GGAAAAGGCUUGGUUCACAACAGCUUGCAAUCAUUUCCUGGCUAUAAGGGACAAGACAAGACAAACUGAAUCACAUUUGCUGUUGCAGAUCUGCACAACUUCACAGCUGAAAUGGAUGAUCUUUAUUUUGAGUUUUCUGACUUUUAUGAUGAUAACGGAAGUUACCUUUGCAAUGACACUGAAAACUGCACCGAUACUGCGUUCCCCUCGGAGAUGUCCCUGUCCGAGAUCGGUUCCAGGCACUGGUUCGCUCUGGUCUGCUACAGCGUUGUGUUCCUGUUGGGCGUCCCUGGGAACGGUCUGGUGGUGUGGGUGACCGCGUUCAGAAUGCCGAACUCUGUGAACGCGCAGUGGUUUUUAAACCUGGCCAUUGCGGAUCUGCUGUGCUGCUUGUCGUUGCCUCUCCUCAUGGUCCCGCUCGCCCAGGACCAACACUGGCCUUUUGGCGAUUUGGCUUGCAAAAUACUCAAAGGUCUGUUCUACACGAUGAUGUACUGCAGCGUUCUGCUCCUGGUUGUGAUCAGCUUGGACCGUUUCCUACUGGUGACCAAACCGGUGUGGUGCCAGAACCACAGGCAUCCGAGGCAGGCCCGGGCCGUCUGUUUCGUCGUCUGGAUUCUCGCUCUCCUUGGAGGUUCUCCUCAAUUUGCUUUGAUGGAGGCAUAUGAAGUGGGCGGGACUAAAAUAUUGUGCGAUAGCUUCCACAGUAGCUUAAGUCACGCAUGGGCCGUAUUCCUUACACGCAGUUUUCUGUCUUUUCUGCUGCCUUUCCUGAUCAUCUGCGCCAGCCAUUGGAAGGUUUACCACAUGACGAGCUCCGGGAGACAGAGAGGCAGCGACAAGUCGGCCCGCACGCUGCGCGUCAUCCUGGCGUUGGUGCUCAGCUUCUUCCUAUGCUGGUUUCCCCUUCAGAUCGUGGAUCUUCUGGAGUUGGCGACGUACGGACAGUUAGAAAGCCAACGCCUUGAAGCCAACCUGCGUCUGGCCCAUGUGCUGGCGGUCUGUUUGGGUUACGUGAACAGCUGCCUGAACCCGCUGCUCUACGUGUGCCUCGGCCGCGGCUUCAAGGACAGUCUGAUUAGCUCUCUGAGGAGUGUGCUCCACUUCGCAUCCGAGGCUCCGGCCAGUCGAAUCAGCAUGACCGCAAACAGUAAGUCCACCACAGACGGCGUGCUCAGAGAGAAGCCGGUAUGAAAUCACAAGUGCAUCUAUAAACCCUGGUCUUCAAAUACUGCCUGCCGGAAUCAUUUCUAGACUUAUUUAUUUCUAUUUGUCCAACUACACAUGCUACACAACAAAGAUGUACAACAUUGGUAACCAAAUCAGUCUAUUAUGUUAAAGGAGCAGUUCACUUUAAAAAAAAACUUUUGCUGAUAAUUUACUCACCCCCAUGUCAUCCAAGAUGUCCACGUCUUUCUUUCUUCAGUCGAAAAGAAAUUAAGGUUUUUGAUGAAAACAUUCCAGGAUUUUUCCCCAUAUAAUGGACUUCAAUGGGAACCAAACGAUUCAAGGUCCAAAAGACAGUUUCAGUGCAAACUGGGCUUUAAACGAUUUCAGACGAUGAAUAAGGGUCUUAUCAAGCGAAACGAUU